GUAAAAUGUAAUGGCCUCUAAUAACAAAGCAAACAAGGGCUGCCAGCCAGGCUUUAUAAAGGGUCAACUGUCGAGCGAUGGGUUCAAAGUUAGAAAAACGCAGCCAUGGGGAGUCGUUUCUACAUGCGGAACUUUAUCCUUUUUGGCCUCCUGGCCAGCAGCCAUAUGCAGAUACCAGUCGGAGAAAUGGAGGCCAAUCUGGACAGGGAAAUCAGUGUCUUGUUUGAAAUACUUCAAAAAGUGCAGACAACCUAUGGACUCGACCGAGCUAUUACAUUUACGGGAAACGUCGAUCUAAAUCCUUCCCUUGAGCAACGUGCCAUGGACAGCAUUUCUCUACCACUUUAUAGUGUUCGCUCUGAACUUGGAGUGUUUAAUCAACGCUAUCCGAGUGAUAAUUAUGUGGUCAUUGUUAUUUUCACUGGCCUGGAUGAUCCCUCACUGGCCGCCGUCAAGGACAUGGCGCUUCAAAAUACCGAGGUGUUCUUCGUCUUUCUCUACUCUUCACCGCGGAAUGAGAAAAAACGCUUUGGAAUGGACUCUAUUCGCGCGUUAUUCGCUUGGUGCUGGGAGCUGACGAUAAUUACAACAGUGCUCAUUGUUCGCAACGGAUCCAAUAUCGAACAGUGGUCGUAUUUCUUUUUGAGAAACAUUAACAUAGUUAGUCUUGAUGUGGGUGAACAGUUCUUGUCGGUCAUGCGAAGGAAUAGCUACAAGUUUUCCGUUCAAGUAGUGAAUGAUCCACCAUCUGUGUUUUGGUACAAUUCAUCGGAUCAAGCGGCUUUGACUGGCGGUGGAAAUAUAAGUUUGUCCGGCUGCAUUGGCUUGAUGAUCGUGGAGUUCAUACGCUACCUAAAUGCCACUUUUUACAUUCUUCCGGUUUCGGGGCAGCAAACCUCUCAAUACGAGGUCGUUCAGCUGCCCGGUAAUCAAAGCGUCGAUCUGGUGGCCAAUAUGGUGGACAACGACAGCCUUAAGUCGUUUAGCCCCAUGGUGGCGGACUCCCAGAUUUGCGUGGUUGUUCCGAAUCAUCGGCUGUUGGCCCCGUACAGAUAUAUCGACAAGAAUGUUAAUAGCCUUACAUACCCAAUCAUUUCUCUUUCGAUUCUGGGUGUGUUCCUUAUCAAGUAUUUCGCCCACCGCAGACGAUCGCUUUUGGACCCGAUCUUCAGCAGCUUUCGUUUUCAUCUAGCUAUUCCGUUGCCCGGUGGUCAGUUGGAUCGAUUGCCCUUGGCCGAUAAGUUAGUGGAAGUAUUCUCAUUUUUUUUCCUCGGACUCUUGGUGGGUGCAACUGUAUCAGUGAUGUCCACCGCUUUUACAACGGGUAUGUGGGAGCCUCAGAUCACGAACGUUGAAACGAUGCGAGCUAGUGGUCUGAAGAUUCUGACGGCCGAUCCAACAAUCCUGCAGGUUUUUAAGGACAAUGUUUUGCCCAGUUCGUUGGCAGAUCUUGUAACUAUUGUGGAUAUGGGGACAAAGUUUCGCUACAUGACCGGCUUAAACCACAACUACGCCUAUGUGGUAAAAACGCACAACUGGAAAGCAUUACGGCUAUACCAGCAGCAUAUAAAGACAGAACCCUUUCAGAUCGCUGGGCAAGAACUCUGCUCCAGGGUCCGUGCCAUACGAAUACCUAUCUCUCCAAAGUCACCGCUUAGGUUCUUGUACUUAUCUUAUUUCCGUACCGUUUUUGAGUCUGGUCUCCUUCAGAAAUGGGAUCAGAUGGGUUUCAAAAAGUACCGUGAAAUCAACAACUUAUUUAAGCUGCCCUCGGAUGUGCAAAAUCAUUUUAGACCACUUUCGGUAGAUUAUUUUUUGGUCUUCAUAUGGCUUUACAUAGGAGGAAUGUUUGUCAGCACAUUGGUUUUUGCUACCGAACUACUGAUCAACAAAUAUCGACAUUAG